AUGACUGGAGAGCGCGCGUGCCCCACAGCCAAGCAAGCUGCCCAUAUGGCCGUGGCAGAUGUGGCGGCUGGUGGAAUCUCGGAGGAGAUAUGUACAGUAAGCGUUGGACAUGACAUGACAUUCUCGGCCAAUGGGGUCUGGGCCUUAACUCACCGCGCUUGGUGCGCCCAGCUCUCCGCCGAGUGUGUGGCUGCAGAGGCAGCCUAUGGGGUGAACUUCACAGCAUUGCAGGUGCUCUCCAAACGACAUUUCCAAGGUAGAGCUCAUGACGAGACUAAACUGCGUGCUCUCAUCAAGGAGACCUGGCCGUUGGCCUCCGAGUUGCUGAGCCAAUGCCCAGCAGCUGUCUUGGUGUCCUCGGCCCUGCUGAUGCUGACGGAGAUGCACCGGUUGGAUGCCAUCCGAACCAAUUGGGAGCAUGAACAGCUCUUCCAUCGCAUCUCUCGCUACGAGCGUGCAAUGGUGGAUGCGGGCAAUCGCUUGCAAGUGAUCAGCGAUGACUUCUGGCCCUUGAGCAGUGCUUGGGAUUUGCUACUUUCGAUGGUCGACUUCAUCAAGGAAAAGGUCCGUGCGGCUCAGGAUUUGAUGAGCCCCGCCUCGUCCAGUGGUCCGCAGAUCACUGAUGAAGCACAUGUGCAGGCCUUGGAGGAUGUGGCCGCCAUCAUGUCCUCCCUGGGCCUGGAAUGGUGGCCCUGCCGUGGCACGUUGAUCGCCCUGCUGCGCCACGGCGCGUGUAGCGGGGUGCUGGCGCCGUCACCGGGCCACCCCCGGCGGGACGUCGUGGACCACGACGUGGACGUCAUGGUGGGCGUGCCCUCGGAGGCUGCCUGGAGCAGCACCUUGCGGUGGUUGGUGGAUGCCCAGCUGCGGCAACGAGGAUGGAAUGCCUGUUUCGGCCGCUACUCGGUGGAUGCCAGCUUGGAUUCCUUUGAGAUAAAGCUUGCCCGUGAGGACUUGAUGCUUUGUACCCGCAAGAAUCCGGAGAUGGUCCUGGAUUUGGCCACGUACGUCAGGGGGAAUGGCCCCAGUGUGUUUGCCCAACGCUACUGUGUGCCAGCGCUCCCGGGUGAUAGCGGCUGCUACAUCCCCAGGGCCGGCACCUUGCGCGGCGGCCAGGGGCGGCUCCGGAGCUCUGCCAUUCGGCCGCUGGGGCGCUGCAAGGCUGGGCACAUCUCGGUGCCCUGCCCGCACAAACCAUUGGAGACCCUGCAGGCCACCAUGCCGGAGGUCAAUUUCACCAGGCACUGCUUGGCCUUGCCGGAUGUGGUGAAGCGGCAGCAACGGGGCUACCUGACUGAUGAGCCUUGGCUACGCAGUGGCCUCACUCUGGAGGAUGUGGAGGUUUUACGCCGGAGGGCCGCACAACUGGAUGCCGAGGGCUAUAUGUCCAUGACGCCCUACUUUGGUAGCUGCGAUCUGUCGAACUUGCCUCCACAAAAUGUCGAAGAAAGAAAGCAAAUCUCUGUGGCUGCUGAUCUUGCUGAAGCUGCCGUCUUUGAGGCGGAGGCGCCCCUCCUUCUUCGCUUGCAGCCGGGGACCCUGAGAUUUUGGGAAGACGUGAAGCCUUUGGCGCGGACGUGCAUGAUGUGCUGCCAAGGAAGAUCCUUGGGAGAAGUGCAGGGCGCAGUGGGGUCCCCGAUUUGA